AUGGCUGACUCGUCGCAAGCGGCGACGUCGCUUUUGACCGAGCAUCUACAGUAUACGCCUUUGUCACUGAUCGACGACAUCAUCAACUCGGUCAAUAACUUCGUUUACCAAGGAGUCGGUAGCCUGGAAACAGGUCUGCUGACGACGCCUCCUGAGAAACUAGGCUUCAAGGCCGUCAAGACUAUCGGCGACGACGGCGUGCAAGAACUCGAGUACCCCGAGGCAAAGAAAGAGAUCGAAGAGGGCCUUCACAAACUUGAGACACUGCUCAACUCGACGGUAGACAAGAACUUUGACAAAUUUGAGAUAUAUGUGCUCAGGAACAUCCUCUCCGUGCCUGCAGAACUAGUCAACUGGGUCCAGCUGGGUCAUUACGAGAACAUAUCAUUUCCACCUCCGGAGAACGCACCCACCGUCGAGAGUGUGCAGCUCCUACGGCGCAAGCUGGCCGCCUCGCGUACUGUGUCGAAUGCCCUGACAGAAGAGUAUAAGCGGAAUGAGGCAAUCCUACGACAACUGAGAGAUCUAAUUGGCAAUACACAUACCACCACAACCAACCUUUCGUUCCUGACGAAUGGCGCAUCUGCUCAGACCCUCAAUGGAUCUCAACACACCGAUGGCCGGCGUCUGACCACCAACACGAACUUUGCUGUUUCACAACUCCCCGCGCUCAAGUCGUUGCUCGCCGAGUUGCGACCAAAGCUGGCAUCGCUGAAAGAUACUGACAUGAACAUCUCCAGUGCCAAGGAUGAACUCAAGGAGGAGCGCAGAGGUUAUAUCGAGCAACGAACACGAUCACAUCUCGAGCGCAGUGGAGAAGCCUCGGGGGAAAAUUCUACGGCAUUGUCUGGCAGGCGAGUGGACCUGGAGGAGGUGCAAGCCAUGGAAAAGGUCGCUUCCAUCUUCGAGCCGGUGUGA